AUGUCGGCCAGCGUCCUCAAGCAGUGUCUCCCGAACAACGGGUUGAAAUGGCUGCCGGACCGCCACGUUACCCGUAACAUCCGCGUUGACACCCGCGUCGUCGCGGCCCUCCGAUCGCUCCGCGUCUCAAUCCGCAAGCGAGACGUCGAGAUUGAACUCACAAAUCUCAUCGACAAAGCCACCUCCCUCGCCAGGCGCCGUGGUCGGGAUGUCGAUCGAUCGGAAUUCGUGUACGAACUCCGCCACUACCAUCGCCUCGGCCGGUACCUCUCGCCCGAUGAUUUUGAGCAACUUUUCACUACCAUCGUACUUGCCCGGUACCGGUACGUGGAGGACCGGUGGGAAGAAGACUUGCCCGAGGAAGACCCGGCCACCCACUGCCACCUUGCCCGCGCCGUCGACCGCUUCAACCGGGCGGCGAGGUUCUGGUGCAACUUCGAGGCGUUCUUCGAGGACGACCACACUCGCGCCGAAGAGGCCGAGAUGCAGGCGGCCAACGCCCGGGGGAACUAUCGGACCUGA